UUAAAUAACAUUCCUUAUUAUUAUAUUAUUUAUUAUUAUUAUUAUAAUAAUCUACUACAAUUAUUAUUAAAGUUUGAUUUUAUUACAUUCUUUACUCAUUUUUAGAAAAAAUAAAAAAGAAUGUUUGAUAAAAAUGAAAAAAGUGCUUCGUUGGAAAUAUUCCUGGAUGAAGAUUUUGAAGGUACAAUGUAUGGUCUUCCUGAAGAAUCAUUAGGAUGUAAACUAGGAGGAAAGGUCGUUCUUAAUAAUACAAAGGCAAUUCAAGCAAAAUAUUUAUUAUUUGUCUUUGCUGGGAAAAUAAUUGUUGCAUGUGGACCUCCUAUGUCAUCUUCAAGGCCAGAAUACAGCGAAAUUAAAACCAUAUUUCGAAAAGAAUGUUUAUUUCAUGAUUCAGCAACAUCCAAUAAGAAAAUUCCUGCCGGAACACAUGAAUAUUAUUUUGAAUUUGAACUUCCAGGAAAUUUACCAUCAUCAUUCAAAGGAUCACGUGGAAAAAUUGAAUAUUAUUGUACAGCAGUUCUCUCAAGACCAAUAUUCCGUAACGAUUUAAUAGUAAAGAAAAUUGUAAACAUUAAACGUUGUUUAAUGGACGAAACGCGAGCAGCACAAACACAUCAUACCACAUUUACCGAAGGAAUUUUGGAUGAAAAGAUUCAUUAUCAAAUUAGUACUCCUAUUAUGACAUUUCGUGAAGGUGGUUUAGUUCAAAAUGAAUUAAUAUUAAAAUCUGACAAUAUUGGUACUGCUAUUGAAGCUAUCGAAUAUGGAUUAAAAGAACAUAUUCAUUAUCACACAACUGGUGAAGAGGCUACGGCUGUUAUAGCGAAUGUUAAUGAAGAACGUUAUCCUCUCGGUAAGAGACGAAUUAAAAUCGAUCCAGAUAGUAAUGAUGGAGACCCAAUUAUGAUUAAUUUUCGUUUAUGUCCAUGGGUUAAUUGUGAUGUAAAUUCUGAAUUAAUUGAUGUUAUUCAUAAGUUAUCGUUUACCAUUUGCGUUACGGAGGCAGUUAACCUUUGCAGCGAUAAUGAAAGUGUUUUAUCUGAAGCGACAAAUCGAAGGAGUAGUCGUAGAAUAUCUUUUGGAAGAAAUCCAAAUAGAAGACAUAGUUCAAGAACUAUGUCUCUAUCAAAUCUAUCAAAUAUCAUAAAUUCUCAAAGAAAUACACUUGUAUCUAAGGUUGAAAGGAAACGAUUACAUUUUGAAAUUCCGAUCAUAGUAACGACAAAAUCUAUCAAACCGAGUCAAGAAUCUCUUUCUGAUACUUUAAUUGAUCGACCCCCAUCCUAUGCGAUUGCUUCAAUGGUUUCUCCACCUCCUGAGUAUGUCGAUAUAGGCAUGCCUGAAUUUUCGACGCAUGAAAAUUUAGAAACUGAUUAUGUAGUAUACGAUUUAUUAUAAAUUUUAUAGUACGGGAUAAGGGAUAUUCUUU